AUGUUUGUGAAGUGGGGUGAUAAGUUUGUUGAAGGAAAUGUUUAUAAGAUAACAUUUGGGCGUUUAAUUCCAAAUAUGGGAGCUUAUCGUGCUACUGACCAUCCCUAUAAGAUGUUUCUAAUUGAGAAAUCAAGUGUGGUAUCGUGUGAAAUAUCUAAAAUUUCAAGGUGGGGUUUAUCACUCAAGAAUCUGAAGAAGUUAGAAGGAUUGGUUGUCAAUCUGAUUACCUUCUUGGUAUGUGUAUUGGAUUCUUUUAGUCCAUUUUAUUUCAUCGGGUUAUUGACUAACAUCAUUGAAGAAAGGACAUGUGUGAAGAAAGGAAAAAUGUCAAAAAUGAUGAUAAUAGAACUUUGUGAUGACAAGGGAAAAGUUGAAUGUGUGCUGUUUGACGACCAUGCAAAAUUUGUCACUGAUUAUGUUUCUUUACAUUCCAAUGAGGAAUCUAUCUUGGUGUUUCAACUUGCUAAAGUCAAAAAAUUUAGAGGUCAAAGUGUCCUACAAGGUGUGGUUGGAGCUUCUAGACUGAGUUUCAAUGCCCAAAUUCCAGAGGUUCUUUCAUUUUUGAAUGGUAUUGCAUUGCAUGGUUUCUCUGAUGAUGAUCCAAAUGAAUUUAAUGUCAAUGAAGAUGGGAUUUCAAUGGUUGAUGAUUUUAUCAAUAAUUAUCCUAGGAAGACUAUCAAGUCAUUGAUUGAGACCAAAGAGGAUGGAGAUUUCAUAAUUAAGGCAAAGAUUGUUAAAAUUUUACAAGAAGAUGGUUGGUGGUUCUUGGCAUGCUUGUGUGAUCGUGCUGUCAUUAUUGAGGACGAUUUUUAUUAUUGUAGUGCAUGUUUCUGCCGAGUGAACUAUGUGUGUGCUAGGUUCAGGAUUAAGGUACAAAUAUUUGAUGGUUGUGAUUCGAUUGACAUCGUCAUGCCUGAUCCAGUUGUUGAAAAUCUGCUUAGUAAAUCAUGUAGGGAUGUGCUGAAUGAGAUUGUGGAUCCAAACAAGUCUGAGGUGUGUCCUUUGAUUGAGCCAGGCUUGGUUGGCAUAGAUAUGUUGUUCAAGGUUGAAAAGAGAAUGAUUAACCUAUUUCACUAUGAAGAUCCAUACCAUGUGAAGCGCAUUUGCAAUCAAGCUGAAAUAAUUGAUCUGUUUAUGUUGAAUGAAGCUAUGGAAACCCCAGUUUUGGCUAAGUUUCCUGGAUCUUUUUCUGCUGUGAGUGUUGAGGACUAUGAUUUUGAUAUGGACUUUCUACUGAGUCCUGUGGAUUUUCUACCAGCAGUGGAGAAGCCAAAAAGAGUAUUUAGUGUAACUGAGUAUGGCAGUUGUUCUAAGUCUUAUAAGAGAAAGUUGGAAGAAGAAUUCGAUGAGCAAAUGGAUAAUCAUCGUGAUAAGGGGAGGUAUAACAGAAUGGUACUUGGCAAACUGGUUAAGUGUAGUAGUGAAAAUAUGAAUGCUGAUAAGGGUGUGGCUGAAGGCUUUAAAGGAGUCAAACGGGGCCGUGGAGGUUAUGAAGAGGAUCAUCGUUCUAAAGUUGAGGAGAUGAGUAAGAGAGUUAAAACAAAUUUUAUUUCAAGACCUCGCAGCUCUAUGGUCAAAGGUAGUGUGAUAAACAGGUGGUGGGAUCCAAAUAAGUCUUCUUUGAGCAUGUCUUCAUUUGAUGGUGCAUGUUCGUCAGAUUACAUGAUGCUUGAUGAAAUGGGAUCACAAGUUAGUAGUAAGUCUAAUGAUGAUGAGGAAUCAUCAAGUGAAGAAGAAGAUGAGUUGCCUUAUGAAGUCACUUCCAACGAGUUUGAAGAAUAUGCUGAUAUUGGGGACAUGAAGUAUAGUUGCCAAUAUUGUGGCGCUUUGCAUUGGUUUGCUGAAAGAACUGGAAAUACCAAAAUAACUAAUCCAACAAAGUUUAUGACAUGUUGUCUAAAAGGAAAGGUAUUAAUUCCAUUCCUUCAGAAGGCACCGGCACUAUUAUGGGAGUUAGUAAUGGGCCAUGAUGUGCGAAGCCGCAAUUUCAUAGAAAACAUCAGGUCCUAUAAUAGUGUAUUCUCCUUUACCUCUUUUGGUGGCAAAAUAGAAACUGGUCUUAAUAAUGGAGGUGGGCCGCCACAAUUUGUGAUCAGUGGACAAAACUAUCAUCGAAUUGGUAGUCUAUUACCAAAGAUUGGAGAAAACCCCAAAUUUGCGCAACUUUAUAUAUAUGAUACCCAAAAUGAAAUUCAAAAUAGGAGUCGGCAUUUCAGAAAUGUAGAUAAAAAUGGUGGGUUAAAUGAGUCUUUGAUCAAAGAUUUGGGGGAUAUGUUUGAUAAGUCAAAUGUCUUGGUUCAUUCAUUUCGGAUGGCUCGAGACUUUAUUAGCCAAAAUCCAAGUUGCAAAGUCUCUUUGAGAUUGUUUCGAGAUCGACCAAAGGAUCCUAGGGUAUAUAAUUUACCAACUGUUGAUGAAGUAGCUGCGCUUAUUGUGGGUGAUUUUGAUUCAACUGAUUGUGGCCGCGAUAUUGUAGUUAGUGGUGUUGAUGGAAUUCUUAAACGAAUUCAUGAGACACAUCCAUCAUUUUUACCAUUACAAUAUCCUUUGCUUUUCCCUUAUGGAGAAGAUGGAUAUAAAGAAGACAUUAAAUUUCGUGAUGAUGGAGAUAGGCGUGUAUUUAAAAAGAGAGUGCGAGUUUCUUUGCGAGAAUUUAUUGCUUUCAGAUUACAUGAAAGAGUUUUUGAGGAUUCAAUGAUCUUAUGUUGUAGAAGGUUGUUUCAACAAUUCUUGGUCGAUUCAUAUUCAAUGAUUGAGGCACAAAGGUUAUCAUAUAUUAAAGCUAAUCAGAAGACUAUUCGUCGGGAUUUUUUAUCGGGGUUAGAAGAAGCAGUUAAUCGUGGAGAUCUUGAUCCGAAAUCUAUUGGUACUAGAAUUGUUUUGCCUUCUUCAUUCACAGGUGGUAGGAGAUACAUGUUCAACAAUUGUCAAGAUGCAAUGGCUAUUUGCAAAUUUUAUGGUUAUCCAGAUUUGUUCAUUACUGUUACUUGCAAUCCUAAGUGGCCUGAAAUACAAAGACAUGUUUCUAAAAGAGGGUUGAAUGCAUAUGAUCGCCCUGACAUAAUUUGUAGGGUUUUUCGGGUGAAGCUUGACCAAUUAGUGGCUGACUUAAAGAAAGGAAUAUAUUUUGGCAAAGUGAGCGCUGGUAUGUAUACUAUUGAGUUCCAGAAAAGGGGUUUACCGCAUGCUCAUAUUCUUCUUUGGUUAGCCCCAGGGUCAAAGCUGAAUACUCCCGAAAUGAUUGAUUCUUUCAUAUCAGCUGAGUUACCUGAUCCCAUUGCAUUUCCAAAAUUAUUUGAUGUUGUGUCUACAUAUAUGCUUCAUGGUCCAUGUGGUAUUAGUCAUAAGAAGUCUCCUUGUAUGGUUAAUGGUCGUUGUUCUAAGUAUUUUCCGAAAAAAUAUGUCCAGAAGACAUCAUUUGAUUUGGAUGGGUACCCUGUCUAUCGCAGAAGAAAUACUGGUGUGUCUUAUGAAAGAAGAGGGGUCCACUUAGAUAAUGGCUAUGUUGUGCCUUAUAAUGCCAAAUUGUUAAUGAAAUAUCAGGCUCACAUAAAUAUUGAAUAUUGCAACAAAUCUAAUUGCAUUAAGUACUUAUUUAAGUAUAUCAAUAAGGGUGUUGAUCGUGUGACAAUGUCGAUGAGUAAUAAAGUUGAUGAAGAUGAAAAGGAGGUUGAAGUUGAUGAGAUUCAACAAUAUUAUGAUUGUCGAUACUUAUCACCUUGUGAAUCUGCAUGGAGAUCAUUGUCUUUUGAUAUUCAUCACCAUUGGCCUCCAGUUCAAAGAUUGACAUUUCAUUUGCCAAAACAACAAGUCGUUAUAUAUGGUGAUGAAGAGCCUCUUGAUAUAGUGGUUAAUCGGAAGAAAAAUGAAGAAACUAUGUUUACUGCUUGGAUGGUUGCUAAUAGAAGGUAUGAACAAGGUAGACAUUUAACAUAUGCCCAAUAUCCUAAAUUCUACGUAUAUGAUUCUAAGCAGAAAGAAUGGAGACCAAGGAAAAGAAGAUUUUCCAUUGGAAGGAUGAACUUUAUACCCAUUGGAUGUGGUGAACUACAUUAUAUGCGAAUUCUUUUGAACUUGCAAUGUGGAUGCCAAAGUUAUACUGACUUGCGAACUACUGAUGGUGUUGUCCAUUUAUCAUUUCAAGAAGCUUGCUUAGCACUUGGGUUGCUAGAAAAUGAUAAAGAGUUCGUAGAUGGCUUAAUUGAUUGUUCAGAAUUGUCAUCUGGGAGAUCUGCAAGGUUCCUUUUUAUGGUUUUACUAUUAUCUAAUUCCAUGGUCAAACCUGGAGAGGUGUUUGAUCAAACUUGGCGGCUUUUAGCUGAUGGAAUUUUAUAUGAAAAAAGAAAGUUAAUGCUUAAACCAGAUUUGCUUAUGGAUGAUGCUACAUUAAGAACAAAUUGUUUGAUAGAACUUCAAAAAAUGUUAGCUAGCAAUGGAAAAAGCUUAAAAGAUUAUCCAACAAUGCCAUUUCCUAUUUCUGGAGAAGUUCCAGAGUAUGAGAACAUCCUUUUAUUUAAUGAGUUAAGAUAUGAUGUUGGUGAGAUGGUUAAGAAGCAUGGUGAUCAUGUUUGUAGGCUGAAUAAAGAACAAAAAUUGGUAUAUGAUGAGGUUGUCAAUGCAGUGGAUAAUUCUUCUGGUGGAUUUUAUUUUAUUUAUGGAUCCGGUGGGACUGGUAAGACAUUUCUUUGGAAAACUUUGACCUACAAGUUUCGUGGAGAUCGAAAAGUUGUUUUAAAUGUUGCUUCAAGUGGUAUAGCAUCUUUAUUGCUUCCAGGUGGUAGAACUGCUCAUUCCUUAUUUGGAAUUCCUUUGGUGCUAAAUGAGGAUUCAUGUUGUAAUAUUAGAAAAGGGAGCAACAAAGCUGAACUUUUGAGGCAUACCAGUAUAAUAAUUUGGGAUGAAGCUCCAAUGGUAAAUAAGUGGGCAUUUGAGGGAUUGGAUAGAACUUUACGUGAUAUAAUGGUUGUGAAUAAUCCAGAAUAUAGUAAUAAGCCUUUUGGUGGGAAAGUUGUUGUGCUUGGUGGUGACUUUCGACAAACUUUACCUAUAGUCCCUAAAGCAAGUCGUGAGGAAAUUGUUAUGGCAACAAUUAAUUCCUCUAGGUUAUGGAAGUUUUGUAAAGUCCUAAAAUUAACCAAGAAUAUGCGGCUAGGUGAGCUUGGUUCUGGGAUUGAUAUAGAAGCAAGAAAGAAAUUCAGCAAAUGGGUACUUGAUGUAGGAGAUGGCAACUUGGGUGAUUAUAAUGACGGAGAAUGUAAUAUGGAAAUUCCAAAAGAUUUGCUACUUGAAGUUAAGGGGGAUGCUAUUGCAAGUAUUGUAAAUUCUACUUAUCCUGAUUUUGAAUCCAGAGCUUUAGAUGAUAAGUACUUUACUGAUAAGGCCAUUCUUGCCCCAACUUUGGAGAUUGUUGACACUGUGAAUCAAUAUGUGUUAUCUCGAUUGCCUGGCAAAGAAAAAGUUUAUCUUAGUUCUGAUAGUGUUGUCAAAGUUGAUGAAGAUGUUAAUAUUGAUGCAAAUUGGAUAACUAUAGAGUUCUUAAAUAGUAUCAAGGGAUCUGGCCUUCCUGACCACAAGUUAUGUUUGAAAGUUGGAGUUCCUAUUAUGUUGAUGAGAAACAUUGAUGUUGCUCGUGGUUUGUGCAAUGGGACUAGGCUAAUUGUUAAGAAACUACGUCCAAACUUAAUCUAUGGAAAAGUUUUGAAUGGUAAUAAUCCUGGAUCAGAGGCUUAUAUUCCACGUAUGAGUAUUGUCCCUUCAGAUAGUGGCUUACAUGUGAAAAUUCAAAGGCGGCAAUUUCCUGUUUGUGUUUGUUUUGCAAUGACUAUCAACAAAAGUCAAGGGCAAACUCUAAGUAAAGUUGGAGUUUUUUUACCAAAACCUGUAUUCUCACAUGGUCAGUUAUAUGUUGCAGUUUCACGUGUGAAAAGCAGAGAAGGAUUAAAGAUUUAUAUUGAAGAACAAAGUGAAUCAGCGGUUGAAGUUACAAAAAAUGUUGUUUAUAAAGAAGUCUUCAAAAAUCUAGGAUAA